AUGAGAAACACUUUAAAUAUCUUUGAUUUUUCAAUCUGCUUACAAACACAUUUGGCAAGUGUCGAAAUUCAGAACUGCACGCUGGACAUGAUCACCAUCGUGGAUCUGCCUCUUUACCCAGGCCAGGUGCAGCGCACCACGGAGGGAAGCUGGCGGCGCGGCGGUCCCGCUGCCAACAUAUGCACCGUGUGGCGGCGACUGGGCUUGGAGUGCGAGUUCCUCGGCGUUUUGAGCAGGGUAAGGGCGUUCGAGAGCUUGUUGAAUGGAUUUCAAUCGCAGGGCAUCGACAUUUCGCAUUGCCCGCUGACGAAUCACCGGCCUGCGCACCGCAGCAUAAUUGUCCAACGGAACGUGGAUACACGAACCUUGCUGGAGUUCGCCAAUGCCAACCAGGAGCUCACCUACCAGCAGUUUGUGGGCGCCGUGGACUACCAGAAGUACUCGUGGAUACAUUUCGAGUGUCGUAAUCCCGUUGAGAUGCUGCGCAUGGUCCUGGCGGUCAUACAAUUCAACGAGCGCUGCCCCGAGUCAAGGAUCACCCUCUCCGUGGAUCUGGACAACUUGCGGCCGGCCACCAUGUUGAUGGCCAGUAUGGUGGACUACGUCUUCGCCCGGAAGACCAUGAUGCGCACGUACUGUUUUAUGAAUGGACGCGAGGUUGUUUGGGCGAUUAGAAAUGAAAUGCGAAGAGCACGGACUCAAUGGGAAAAAAACCAGCCUAAAAAGAUGCCCUAUCUACCUCCGGAUCCCCCAGACGAGCAUUCCAGCGGAUAUUGCCCGGGACCGCUGAACAACCAACCCGUCGUCAUAUACAAUAACUAUAUGGAAGGCGCCAGUUGCCUGAUGGCCGACGACACCUACUUCAAGGUGGGCUCACAGAUCCCGCCCAAAUUUGUGGACGUUGUGGCCGUUAACGACACCUUCUCAGCGGCCGUGAUAUAUGCACUGAUUAAGGUCAAGAUGCGGCUGAGGGAUGCCAUCGAGUACGGAACCCGGGCGUCGUCUCUGAAGUUGACGGGAAACGGAUUCGAUGUGCUGCGGUGUAUGCCCAAGGAUCUGAUUGCAGAAUACUCAUUAGUAUUAAAAAACAAAUGUCGGAGCAAUCUCUGCCCGCGAUUGCCAAAUGGGCUGAAAAAUCUCAAUCAAAGCGAGGACAUAAAAAGCCAAGUCAUUAGCAAUCAACGUCGCAUUCGACGGAUUCCCAGCAUAAACGCGCAUCUGAUGAAAAUGGAGAAUCGCUUAUUAGUUAUAUGGCUGCUUUCGGCCAUCACCGCGGCAUCGGUUAAGGCCGAACUUACAGAUAUAUCCGCUAUCUGCAGGAUAUCAGAUCCCUGGCAAAUGCUGCCCCACAAGGACAACUGCCAAAGGUUCUAUGUUUGCACUGGCGACGAUGACCUGCCCUUCCAGGAGUUCAGCUGUCCGGCGGAGUACCAUUUUAGCAAGAAGCUCAUGAUUUGUGUACCCGGAGCCUGCACCGAUGAAUCCGUAUUUUGUGGCCUUACAAAUAGUGUGGAGCGAGUCCACAGCGAUUGCACGCGAUACCGACAAUGCCUGGAGGGAGGAUCCUUCGCCGUGGCCAAAUGUUCCGUCGGAAACUACUUUGAUCCAGCCCGAAGAGCCUGCCUCCCAGUGGCCAUAAGUGCAGCCCAUCAGUGCAGCUGUGUGCUGCCGGAUAAUGCCACUCUGGCCAAUCCAAGCGACUGCGAGACAUAUUUCCGCUGUCACUCCGGACAGGCGGAGCUGGUCCAGUGUCCAUCAGGAGACUACUUCGACGAGCGAGUGAGCAGCUGUGUGCCGGAUCACACGGGAAUUUGCCUGGAAAAGCCGACAAUGCCGACACUCACAGAGCAAGCUAUUGCUAUGGACGAGUGCAUCCGGACGGGCAGCCGCCUGGCACCGCACAGCCGAGAUUGCCAACGUUACUACAUAUGCGCCAAAAAGCGGGUGCUGGAAAUGCGCUGUCCCAGGGGUCAGUAUUUCGAUGUUGUACGACGGUUCUGCGCUCGUGAUUUGGAAAGCGAAUGUCAGGCUCUGCAGGCGGAGAAACAAGACCUGGAGCUGGACGAGAAUAUUCAAGUGGAGCUGGAGGAGAAUAUCCAGAUUGACAUUCCAGCGAAGCAUAAGGUAAAGAAUCAGGGACACAAGCCGGUCCAGAAGAACUCCGAAAAGGAAGUGGUCCGCAACCAGGAAUUACCAGCGACGCAGGCUAAUGACAAACUUCCACAGCCCUCAGCCGAGGCAGUGAGCAGCUACGAUAAGUUCUCGUCGAAGUUUAUUUCUAUGUAACCGAUUAAUUCUAAGCAAUCAUUCAUUAAAUACAGCAAUAUCUGACGUUAACUAUUAAUAAAUGCAACGAAAUAAUUUUGUA